AUGAUUUUUGUAGUAGAGAAGACACUACACAACUUUGUUUAUUUAGGGCCAUAUGGAAUCAUUACUAUUGUUCGACACAGCCAAACUGCAAAUAUUCCAGACUGCCCACGUGGAUUUUCAGCACUUUAUUCUGGCUACUCGUUUGUCUUUGCUCAUGGAUUUGGUUUAGCGCAAGGUCAAGAUCUAAGUCGAAGUGGCUCGUGUGUACAGAAAUUUGUAGAAAUACCAUUUGUGGCAUGCAGUGGUGGACUUUGUGAUUCUAGAUUGAGAGAUGGAUACAGUUACUGGCUUGCUGUGAAUGGACUCAAUCAACCUAAUGGAGGCAAUAAUGCUGGCUUUAUAAGUCGAUGCAGAGUCUGUGAAGGCAGUGCUGCGGUUAUUACUUUGCACAGCCAGCUGCAAGCCACGCCUUCUUGUCCUUCAGGAUAUGUUAGUCUUUGGAAUGGAUACAGCUAUUACAUGAAUUCUGGUGUGACUGGGGAAGGCAGUGGUCAAGAUCUUGCUUCUCCUGGCUCAUGUCUGGAAAUGUUUUCUGCUAUACCGUUUGCUGAGUGCAAUAGCCACAGUCGAUGUAAGCGUCAGGCAUCGAAUCGUGGCUAUUGGUUAGCUGCGACGGAUGUCAAACAUGACUCGAGUGUCCCAAGUAACUCAGACCAGGCAGCUCAAAGGAUAGGCAGGUGUCGAGUUUGUGCUCGAAGUGACUAA